UUCGUUUCUCGCAGUUUAUUCCAUCCUCGGCAUUCAAGUUGGAUUGUUGGCGAUUUAUGCAGGACGAAAUCGUUAAAUUUAUAAUUUUUAUUGCAUUUUUUGAUAUUAAGUUGUUAGUUUGAUAAGCAAAAUGAAAAAGAAGAUUAACAAUAACGACAGCAAAAGUGCCAUCAGCUGGGUUGGGGAACAGUACCAGCCGAACAUCGAGCGGACGUUCCGGACUAAAACGGCCAUUUUCUACAGAAAGUGUCACUUUGGUGCCUUGACCCUGGAGGUUGGAAGCUAUGUGCUGGUAUCGAACACGGACAGCGCCGAACCGGAUUCCGUGUCCGGGUGCGAUGUGGCUCGGAUUGAGCAUAUGUACGAUCUGAUGUUUGAGGAUCCGGAUAUCGAUUCGCAUCGAGCGAUUGUCCAGUGGUACUCCCGUCCGGGGGCGCUUCCCAAGAAGAUUGUGGCCGAUGAGAAUUACACGUUUGACUUUGAUAAGGAGAUCGUGGAGGAUUACCGGUACAAUCCGGACAUUUCGAUUGAGUCGAUCUUUCGGUUGUGCAAGGUGGAAAUCGUUGAUCCGAAGGCGAUUGCGUCCGAAGUUGCGGCUAAAAUUUCCACCAAGUUUCCCCUGUUCAUCGCUCGGUAUAGACUGACCCACGCGCCCGGUUCCAAGAAGAUGUUUAUUCAGGCGCUGAAGAGUUCCGGGGAGGGUGAAACGACUCCGCCGCGGAAGCGCAAGUCAAUGGCAGAUAAAACGAACCGUUCAGCGGCGAAAAGUGCUACAAAGGAUGUCGAGAAGACGCCCAAGCUGAGACUGACCCGGGCCAAGUCGAUUGAGUUUGUGGACAUGGCACAUUUGGACGACGAUGAAGCUCGGGUGGUCCAGAAGAUUCAGAGCGAGGACAACUGGGUGGUGAAGGUGGUUGAAGGGGGGUCUUACCAGAAGAAACUGGACAACGUUACGGAGGGUAUUAGCGAGGUGGAGCUGAGUGACGAAGAGAAUGUUUCGCCCUCGAAGAUGGCACGGAUUAACAGUACACGGAGAAAGUCGGGUGCUUUCCGGAGAAAUUUGAACGCUAGUCUGCAUUGCGAAUCACCCACAUCGUCGGAUACGGAACAUCUAAACUACUCGAUCGUGAAGGACGAGGCGAGGAAUACUCCGCAGAUGAAGAUCAAGUUACGUUUGUCGGAGGUUCAGAAGCCCGCCGCGGAUACUCCGACGAGAAGAUCCGCCCGGAAGCGCUCGACAGCUGAGGAGAUUGUUCCGCUUGACAUUCAGACAUCACCGCCGAAAGCAAGGAAAUCAAUCAUGGUGGAGGAGGAACCGCCGAUGACUCCGACGUCGAGACCGCGUCGCAAGAGCAUCCUGAAAACGCCGAGCACCAAGAACGUGGAGGCGGUCGGAACUCCCAAGCGCAACAUCCAGCUGUCCAACAUUGUGGAAGAAUUCGCCGAAGGAAGACGCACAUCCAAGGUCAUGCACGAAACGCCGAAGAAGGCGACCGUCGAAGAACCGAAAACGCCAAAAUCUGCCAGAGGUCGUCCGCGCAAGUCGACGUCGACCAUCGUCGAAGAGUACAAAUCAACGCCCAAAAGUGCCACCAAGCUGAAGCUGAUCCGGUCGGGCGCGAUCAAGCCAAAUGUGCAGGCCCGGGACGCCCCGGUUCAGAUCUCGCCGGACGACCAGCUGGCCGUGGCACGCGAGCGACUGCAUGUUUCGGCCGUGCCGAAGAGCUUGCCGUGCCGCGAGAAAGAGUACAGCGAAAUCUACAACUUCCUCGAGGGCAAGAUCAUCGACAGCUGCGGCGGGUGCAUGUACGUGAGCGGAGUUCCGGGCACGGGUAAAACGGCCACCACGACGGCGGUCAUUCGCUCGUUGCAAGUGCUGGCGCAGGAGGAAGAAAUCCCGACCUUUGAGUUUGUGGAAAUUAAUGGGAUGCGGCUGACGGAACCACGCCAGGCGUACGUCCACAUCUACCGACAGUUGACGGGCAAGACGCUGGCCUGGGAGCAGGCGUACAACCUGCUGGACAAACGCUUCACCACGAAGGCUCCUCGGCGCGUUACGACCGUGCUGCUGGUGGACGAGCUGGACAUUCUGUGCAAUCGCCGCCAGGACGUGGUGUACAAUCUGCUCAACUGGCCAACGGUCCCGAGCGCCCAGCUCGUGGUCAUUACGAUCGCCAACACGAUGGACCUGCCGGAGCGGCUGCUCAUGGGCAAGAUCUCGUCCCGACUGGGACUCACCCGGCUUACCUUCCAACCGUACAACUUCCGCCAGUUGCAGGAGAUUGUGAUGGCUCGACUCACCGGAACGUCCGCGUUUGACGCCGAAGCGGUUCAGCUGGUGGCGCGGAAGGUGGCUGCGGUUUCCGGAGACGCUCGGCGUGCGCUGGACAUUUGUCGCCGCGCGACCGAACUCGCAGAGGAACAGUCCCGCAAGGUGGAUAAGUUUGUAAGCGUUUCCAUGGGGCACGUCCAGAAGGCGCUUGGGGAGAUGAUUGCCAGCGCCAAGGUCCAAACCAUCAAGUGCUGCUCGCGGAUGGAGCAACUGUUUCUGCAGGCCGUGACCGCCGAGGUCGCCCGAACCGGCAUCGAAGAGUGCAGCUUCCUGGGUGUGUACUCGCAAUUUGAGGCACUUGCGGCAUUCGCCGGUGUUACGGUGCCGAAUCCGGGCCGCGCCAUUGCCAUCUGUAGCCGGCUGGGCGCAUCUCGGCUGUUGAUCUGUGAAAACUCCCGCAACGACAUCUACCAGAAGAUCUUGCUCAACAUCAGCUCGGACGACGUGCACUACGCGUUGCAGGCAAGUAACUUGAUUUAGGCUUAUGAGAGGACUGAUUAAGAAAAAACACAAACUCCCUUUUUACGUUUAAAUAAAUUGACUAUUUUAUACUCUUA